AAAAUAUAAAAUAUAGAAAGCUGUAUAAGAUAAUUUAAACCAUGUGAUGUGUGGGAUCUGGUGUUAAAGCCAUUGUUCAAAAUAAUGUAAUGACAAGCAAUUUCCUGCCAAAAGGCAACAUGUGGUUUUUGGAGGUUUGUUUUAAUAUUUUAUUUCUUUUUGAAAUUGUUUUUAAAUUCAGGUGUGUUUCCCAGAUGUCAAGUUGCGGUGAUGGUCCCAAGAUGCAGAAGAGAAGUUGUAAUUCCACGACAAUCUGUGACAGUCAGCUGUCCUGUCGUACACUGUGGAAAGUCACUGAAGAUAAUCUGGUGCAAACUUUCGAACACUGGCAGAUGUCAACAAAUAGGAAACACAGAGAAUGUGAAAAUAUGGCAGCGCACCUGUCACAAGGAUAGACUCUUAUCUUACCUAACUUUCAAACAGAUUUCUGUAUGUGAUGGUGGCCUGUACAGAUGUGAAAUACGUGGAUUGGCAAAUGGUGAAUCACAUAUCAGUAACUACAUCAACAUCUCAGUUCCAGGUGUGUUUCCCAGAUGUGAAGUUGCGACGAUGGUCCAAAGAGGCACUACAGUCGUAACAAUCCCACAACAAUCUGUGACAGUCAGCUGUCCUGUCGUUCACUGUGGAAAGUCUCUGAUUGUAACCUGGUGUAAACUUUCUAACACCGGCAGAUGUCAACAAAUAGGAAACACAGAGAACGUGGAAAUACAACAGGACAGCCAUCUCAAGGAUAAACUCAUCUCUAAUCUAACUUUCAAACAGAUUUCUGCAGGUGAUGAUGGCCUGUACAGAUGUGAAUUGCAUGGAUUGGCAAAUGGUGAAUCACGUGUCAGUCACCACAUCAACAUCUCAGUUUCAGCUGCAUCACUGAGCCAAGCUGUUGAUGAGUCUGCUUCCUGGCAUCCCUACUUCUAUAUCUGCGGAGGCGUCGCUGUUUUGGUCUUCACAUUAACAGCAUUAACUCUGCAACAGUUUUACCGCCGUAAACAACCGACCUACAAGCCAACAAAGAAACAGGACAAGUACAUUCUGAAUGACAUCUGCUCUCCGAGUGCUGCACAGACACCACCUCCCCUGAUCACUGAUGGGAAGCAGCCUUUAGAGAGCACAGCUAAUGAACAUCCAGAGUCUGCUGUCAUCAACCAUGCACAGUCUGAGAUUUCUGCCAGCAAACAGCAUGUUGCGACUGAACAAGAUAAAGACCCACAGUAUGCUGCAAUCAUUGUUUCCUGAACCUUUAGGACGAGUACGUUCUGAAUCAAAUCUACUCUCCAUGUGCUGCACGGACACCACAUGAUCACUGAUGGGAACCAGCCUUUAGAGAGCACAGCUGAUAUAUAGAUAGAUGGAUAGAUAG